GCGAUUCCUCUGCAGGCUGCAAGUCUCGGCGCACAACACGUCCUCUGGCGGGGGUUGGACGCACAUUAGGGGGGUGAAUACAACAAUAAUCUACGAAUUCCAUCAUGGCAGCGACAUUAAUGCGUUCCCUUGUAAAGAAGAGGGUUCCUCUUCAGAUGGGACGCAUGUGCUACUCCUCCUCCUCUGUGCCUACCACCAAGUUGUUCAUUGAUGGAAAAUUUGUAGAAUCCAAGAGUCCAGAAUGGUUGGACAUUCACAAUCCUGCCACCAACGAGGUCAUUGGUCGAGUGCCUAAGGCCACGCAAGAGGAGAUGUUGGCCGCCGCGGACUCGUGCUCACGCGCGUACCACACCUGGUCCGAAACGUCCAUCCUGGCCCGCCAGCAGAUCUUCCUUCGCUAUCAGCAGCUCAUUAAAGACAAUAUUAAAGAGCUGGCCAAGUUGAUAACCCUGGAGCAGGGCAAAACCCUGGCUGAUGCUGAGGGCGAUGUGUUCAGAGGACUGCAGGUGGUGGAGCACACCUGUGGUAUCACAUCUCUUAUGCUGGGUGAGACCCUCCCCUCUAUCACUAAAGACAUGGACACGUACACAUACCGGUUGCCCAUUGGCGUAUGUGCCGGUAUCGCCCCGUUCAAUUUCCCGGCCAUGAUUCCUCUGUGGAUGUUCCCAAUGGGCAUGGUGUGCGGGAACACCUAUUUAAUGAAGCCCUCAGAGAGAGUGCCUGGCUGCACCAUGUUGCUGGCCAAACUGCUGCAGGACGCCGGCGCUCCAGAUGGAACAUUAAACAUAAUCCACGGACAGCAUGACGCUGUGAACUUCAUCUGUGACCAUCCCGCCAUCAAAGCCAUCAGUUUCGUCGGCUCCAACCAGGCUGGCGAGUACAUCUAUGAGAAAGGCUCCAAAAAUGGCAAGAGAGUGCAGAGCAACAUGGGGGCGAAGAAUCACGGUGUGGUGAUGCCUGACGCCAACAAAGAGAACACACUCAACCAGUUGGUAGGUGCUGCUUUUGGAGCAGCCGGUCAGAGAUGCAUGGCACUUUCCACUGCAAUCCUCAUAGGAGAAGCCCAAAACUGGUUGCCUGAGCUGGUUGAACGUGCAAAGAGUCUCCGUGUCAAUGCAGGUGACCAGCCCGGAGCUGAUGUGGGACCUCUCAUCUCGCCUCAGGCCAAAGAGCGAGUGAACAGCCUUAUUCAGAGUGGUGUUGAUGAGGGCGCCAAGUUGCUGCUUGAUGGCAGGAAUGUGAAGGUCAAGGGUUACGAAAACGGGAACUUCGUAGGACCAACCAUCAUUAGCAAUGUUACGCCCGACAUGAAGUGCUAUACAGAGGAGAUAUUUGGACCUGUAUUGGUGGUUCUGGAGGCUGACAGCUUGGAUGAAGCCAUCAAAAUGGUCAAUAAGAACCCAUAUGGCAACGGAACUGCCAUCUUCACCACCAACGGUGCCGCAGCACGUAAAUACACCAAUGAAGUUGAUGUUGGUCAGAUUGGAGUUAAUGUACCAAUCCCCGUCCCACUGCCCAUGUUUUCAUUCACCGGUUCCAGAGGCUCCUUCAGGGGGGACACAAACUUCUAUGGAAAGCAAGGCAUUCAGUUCUACACGCAGAUCAAAACUAUUACCUCACAGUGGAAGGCAGAAGAUGCUACACUGAAGUCCCCUGCCGUUACAAUGCCAACAAUGGGACGUUAAGUGUUGAUCACCUGUAUAAAUGCCGCCCUGCCCCCCAAAA